AUGAAGGAGAUCACGAAACGCUUGGGUGCUGUCGGUGCUACUCGCCUUCCAGGAUUGGGACGGCGUGAUCCUCACUGUGCCUGGUUGGGGACGCUGCAAGAUAUGGCUGCCAACCGAUGUCAGUGGCGUUAUUGUUGCCAGUUUCUAUCCAGAUUGCCUGAUGAAGCCUUACUCAUCAUCAUCAUCAUCGUCAUCAUCAUCAUCAUCAUCAUCAUCAUCAUCAUCAUCAUCAUUAUCAUCAUCAUAGACAGCACGACAUCAUUGUUCAACACCGAUGCUUCACUACCGUACAACCAUGAUUCACUUGGAAGCAUUAUUAACACACUACUCAUAAGGUUGCUGAAAAAUCUUCAACAGUACACAACCUGUUUCGCCCAUCCUGAGGCUCAGCAACUGGACACAGUCUGGAAGUUACUGUCAAUUUCAUGUUCUCCUUGA